AUUUAAGAUAUCUACUUAAUGUAAAUCGUAAUAACGUUUACAAAAUAGUAAAUUAAACGUUUUCAUACGUUAAUACUUUACGUAAUCAAUUUUAGAAAAUGUUUUAUAAAUUAAAUUUUAUUUAGUUAUAAACAAAGCAAAAUGGAAACCACAGAGGAAGAAUAUCCACCAGUAGUAAGUGUUAAUAGUAAUUGUUUGAUAUUUAAGUACAUUAUGAGAAUAUGUUACAGAACUGGGGGAAUGAAAAAUUUGAAGAAUCACAAGAUGCAGCUAAUGAAAACCCAUGGGAUGUAGAGGCUUGGGCUAUAUUGUUGCGAGAAGCACAGACCAGAUUGAUAAAUGAUGUACGAUCGUUCUUUGAAAAGCUAGUCAACACAUUUCCAACUUCCGGUCGAUAUUGGAAAUACUAUAUUGAAAUGGAAGUAUGUUUAUUUAUUUAUUGCGGCACCAAAUCAAUUCAAAUGAAGAAUAAUUUAUAAGUUUAAAGGAAAUUCAAUAUUAGAUGUUUAACAAUUAUUGAAUUCACUCACAUACAAAAAUAAAUAUGUAUACCUAUAUAAUCAAAAAUAAUAAUAAUACAAAUACAGUAAAACACCUAAGACGAUUUCUCAUGUAAGAUUCUGUUUUCCACAGGUCUCCAGAAAUUUCCUGUAUUAAUCAAUGAUAAAACCAUCUCUUAAUACAAUCUCUUAAGCAGAUGACAAUAAGUACAGUAAUUGUGCAAUAAUAAAAAAUUUAAAAAAAAACAUUGAACAUCUUAAUAAAACCAAUACAUUCUUCGCUACACUCAGAAUUUAAAAUUGAUAAAGGUAGUAAAAAACAACUUGAUAUUGCUAAUGAAUGAGCGACUAUUGUAGGUGGGAAAUAAGAUAGGUACAUUAAGUUAUUUUAUUUAUAUCUGUAAGCAAUGACAAAACUAUUGCUUUCAAAGAAUGAUUCUGAGUAAAGUUUGGUUAUAUUGGUUUUGAAAUACCCUAAGUUUUAAGAUUUUUGACAAAAUUUAAAUAAAACAUUUAUAUAGAAAAAAAUUAUAUGAUAUAAAUGUAUAAGAGCUGAUACUGGAGAUCCACUGUUGCAGAUGAGAAGUUGGGAAAGUAGAAUACGUAAGGUUAUUUCAUUAUAUCUGUAAGCAACCAUAAACCAUUGCUUGACAAAUGACAAUUCCAAGCGCAAUUUGGUAAUAUAUAAUUUGAAGUGCCUUAUUUUUUUUUGUGAUUUUCAUUUAAAUUUGAUUUCAAAACGAUUAUUAUAAAAACGUUUAUGUUUUUAUAAAAUAAUUAAAUCGUGAAAUUGUAAGUUUUCCUACGUUUUUCUCACAUAAGUGCUUUUAUUUAAAAAAUGACUUCUUGAGAGUACAAUCUAGACAACUUGAGCUUUCAGAAAAGGUGCUACACUUAUCGGAGCAAGUUUACUAGGAAAAAACAUGUCCACAAAGAAAGAAAAAAAAUAAACAGCAUUGUAAAACCAAUAGCUCCUUCGUUACACUCGGAAUCUAAAAUAUACAUUUUUAACAUAUAUUUAUUGUAUUAUUUUAUCACAUUUCAUCAUAUGAUAUUUCAAUAAACUAUCUACCUGUUAAUUAUAUUUAAUAAUAAAUAAUAUAUUAUCUGUUUAAGUAUGUUCAAUAAUUAAAAUUAAUAAAUUAACAUCAUAUUUUAACGACCUAAGAUUUUUUUCAAUUCUCUUAUAUAACGAUGUUCCGCGAUGGGCAUUUGAAAAGCAUCUUAAUAGAGUUUGACUGUAAUUGCAUAGUUUCAAAAUGAGUUAUAAUAAGUAGAUAUAUCAUCAAAAUAUUUUUUUUUCUUUAAAUAACUGAAAAAUAGGGUAGUUCCAAAAUCACCAAUGAUAUGUGAUUCAGUUUUAAAUGAUUAAAUAUUUAUUUAUAUUAUUUAUUUGAAGGUCUAUUCUCAAAAAAACAAAUCGAUAUGUUAAAAUUUUUAAAAUUAUGUGUGGAACGUAUAGGUACUUUGAAAUUCCAUUCAUUGCAAUUACAUGUCACUAGUAACUCUCACUAGCAAUUUUGUCAGUUAGGACGAUUAUAUAGAUAAAUUUUACUCAUUAGAGUAAAGUCAGUGAGUAGCAACAAAAGUAGGUCAUUUGUCAACUUUAUUCACAAGGGAGCAGCAAGUAUCCAAUAAAUGGCGACUAAGCAUCUGGGUCAAUUACAUUGAGCAAAUUUGGUAGCAGCAAGUAAAAAUGCCCAAUCUAAUCGAGGCUUAAAACCUCUUCAAUUACUCCCCAUGUUAAAAAGGGAGUUGAGGUGGUGUGAUAAAAUUUUUACUAAUAACCAUAGACAUAUUUAUAAUGCUAUUAUUUUAUUUAAUAAUAGCUGUGGCAGUAUUACUGUAAAUUACUACUAUAAAUACCAAAACUGAUGUUUCUUUAUGGUGUCAUCACUGAUUAAAAAAAUUUAACUAGGAACGUACAGUAUGAUAAUUAUACACACAAAACUUGGAUUUAAAUAGUUUUUUUUUUUUAAAUUAUUCCAUGCUCAAUUAUAAUAAAUAAAAAUAUUAAUUUUGAUUUUAGAUGCGAGGGCGAAACUUUGAAAAAGUAGAGAAGGUAUGAUAAGUUACAUUAUCUAUAAUAUGUAAAGUUACUAAUAAUUAAUGAUUGUUAAUUUAUUUUAAAAUGUAUUUAUUAGCUUUUCCAACGUUGUCUCGUUAAAGUACUUAACAUUGAAUUAUGGAAACUUUACCUAGCUUAUGUCAAAGAAACCAAGGCACUGUUACCAACUUAUAAGUAACUACUUUUAUCUUGUGCUUAAGUUUAAAUGUUUACUAAAUCAUUUUUGUUUUUCAAUAUAUAGAGAAAAAAUGGCACAAGCAUAUGAUUUUGCUUUAGAAAAAAUUGGCAUGGACAUUCAUUCAUACAAUAUUUGGCAAGAUUACAUAACAUUUUUAAGUAGUGUUGAAGCCGUUGGGUCAUAUGCUGAAAACCAAAAAAUCACAGCUAUCAGAAAGGUAUUAAAUUGUAUUAUUAUCUUGUACUUUAAUAUUAAAAUGUGUAAUUUAGGUCUAUCAACGUGGUGUUGUGAAUCCCAUGAUUAACAUAGAAUUAUUAUGGAAAGAGUACCUAGCUUUUGAACAAAGUAUUAAUAUUAUGAUUGCCGACAAAAUGAUGAUAGAAAGAAGUAGAGAUUACAUGAAUGCUAGAAGAGUCACAAAAGAAUAUGAGGUUGUUAUUAGAGGACUUAAUAAGAACUAUCCCAGUGUACCACCGACUGGAAGCUUAGAUGAGAUGAAACAAGUAAAAAUAUUAUUUUCUUGAUUUUAUGUGUAUUAUAUAACAAUUAAUUAUUAUUUUUAUAGGUGGAAUUAUGGAAAAAAUAUAUCAUUUGGGAAAAAGCAAAUCCCUUGAAUACUGAGGACACUGCAUUAAUUACAAAACGAGUUAUGUUUGCUUUUGAUCAAGCACUUUUAUGCAUGACUCAUCAUCCUGACUUUUGGUAUGAAGCUGCUCAAUUUUUAGAUGGUAGCUCUAAAAUUCUAUCUGAAAAAGGAGUUAGUAUUCUUCAAAUAUUAAAAUUUUAUCAACAAAUCAUAGAACAAAUGUGCUGUACAAAAUACCUCUUUAUUAGUUGUGUUUUAUUAUGGUAAAAAUGAUAAUUAUAGAUAAGAAUUUAGUAGAAAAUUUAGGGUUUUGAUUUAUAAAUUAAAAACUACAAUAAACGUAUUAAACAGAUAAAUAAAUAAAGCUUAAGAACAAAUCUCAAUUCAAACCCGUUUUGGAUGAGCAGACCUGCAGUAGUAUUGUAUUCGGCUGUCGAAUCAAAUACAGUAAUUAAUAUUCUUAUCAUUUUUCUUGUAUUGAUAUAAAUUUUAAAUUAUCAUUAAAAUUAAAUUGUGCAGAUUAUUUGAUAUUACGCACUAUUGGUUGAAAUAUUUGUUUUACAUUUGAAAUUCAUUUUUUAAAUUGCAAUAACCUAUAAGCGACCCGCGUUAGACAAAUUACUAAAAUGGCUCUACUAUACAAUUUGUAAAAUCAAUAAACACAGGCCCUUUUUGAUAAAAAUCAUUUCCUUUUGUAAUCUUUCUUUCAAAGUGGGACACUUUGUUCUUUAGGGAUGAAUGCGGGGUGUAUGGUCAUGUUAUGUAUAACUCAUAUACUAAUUUUUUCCUCCGUUUUUAGGAUUAAUAAACUAGUUGUAUUACCUAGUUUUGCUAGUGUGCAGUUUUGUAACAACAAUAUAGUUUAUAUACAGAUUUAUUACUAUGGAUACAAAACACUUUUUAUCCUUGUUAACCCAUCAUUCAUUUUCCACUAUGGGUUAUGAAACAUAAUUUUAUUUUUUCUCUAUACAAACUUUAACAGUAAUUUUUAACCUCUUAAGGGUUGAUUUUAAAGAAUCUUUUCUAAGCUGUUGCCUAAAUUAAAUAAGGAACCAUUGUACAAAAUUUCAAGUUUCUUGAGUCAGUGGUUUGGGAUGUGCAUUGAUAUGUCGGUUUCUUUUUUAAUCUGCACUGUUUCGGAUAUCAUAUUUAAUUGUACUGAGUAAAUAUUUAACCAACAGUAUUUAUUUGUUAUUUUUUUAUUGUAAUUAGAAUUUUAAUGAUUUAUUUUUCUCGUUUGUAAUUCUUAUUUAUUUUAGGAAACUGUUAUCAUGGUUGGAUUUAAUAUUUUAGUAUAAUUUGUUUAGUAUUCAUGACAAGACGUCUUGGCCUAUUUCAUAUAGAGUGGUUUUCAAGAUGCACAUGUUACAGUGGCACAAUUUUUUUUUCGAUCAGUGUUUGUGAUUGAAAUGUUUUUAAUUAAUUUUAAACAUUGUCUUUUUGACCUUAUUUUAUUGAAUUACAAAAGAUGGUUUUAUUAUUACUAAUAAUAAGAUACAAUUAUAUUAGUUAAUUUGUUAAUUUAAUGUAAAAAAAAAAAAAAAAAAUAAAUAAAUACAAAUUCUAUAGAUGUAAUAUUAAAAACCAUGAUACUGAGACAUUGAACCAGUCACACCUGGUAAACUAUAAUUUUAUUUUUUAAAUAAUUUCAUAAAUAUAUUAUAUUACUUGUAUUAAAACUUAAUAUAAUAAUAAUGCAUUAAGUUAUAAUUCAUAUUAAUAAGGCCCAAAUUAUAAAUCAGCAUUUUCUUUUUCUGUGACCUAAGACAAUAAUGCUUUCUAAAUUCAUGUAAUGCAUACUUCAAAAAUGAAGCUUUAAUUUUGAACUAUUAAGUGCAUAUUUAUAUGUUAUUUGAACUAAUAGUUUAAAUAUUUUGUGAUCUUCGGGUUAGACUUUAACCCAUACCCACACCAUUUUUAUUAUUAAAUAUCAUAUUUUUUUUAAUGUUAAUAUAGUAUUUCAAUAUUUUUUUUUUUACAAAGAAUAUUUUUAUAAUACAAAAUAGAUGUCGAAAAAUUUGAGCCUUCUAAUAGAUCUUGUGUGUGUGUUUUUCUUUUUUUUUGGUAAAACACAUUUAUGUAUAACAACUUCUAUUUUUAUUAAUAAGACAUGCAGAAUAGUUAUAUGCAAGUUUUGGUACUAUUUCCUAUUGAAUUCAGAAGUAACUGUCAUUAAAACAACAUCAUUUUUUUUUGAAAAUUAUAUAAAAACUUUAGGUUUAUACUGCACACUGAGUAUUGUAAUGAUAUUUAAUAAAUAAUAAUCUAUGAGAUGCUAUAAGUAAUAAUAAUAAAAAAAAAGUACAUCUGAAUUGAAAUAGUAAAAGACUAUAGUACUAUAAAUAUUCAUCAUAUGUAAUAUAUCAAAUUUAAUUUUGUUAUUAAUAAUUUUUUUUAGGAUAUAUUGGCAGCUAGACAGUAUAGUGAUGAAGCGGCUAAUGUUUAUGAAAGGGCCAUUGGUACUGUAUUGAACACUAGUAUGUUAUUACGUUUCGCUUAUGCUGAUUUUGAAGAAGGACGUAUGAAUUAUGAAAAAGUUCACAGUAUUUACAAAAGUUAUUUGGAAAAUGAAAUUACUACUGAUCCAACAUUAGUAUGAAUAUUUCAGAUCAAUAUUUUUCAUUAGUUAAAAUUUUAUUAUUGUUAUAAUUUACAGACAUAUGUACAAUAUAUGAAGUUUGCUCGCCGUGCUGAAGGAAUUAAAUCUGCACGGGCAGUUUUCAAAAAAGCAAGAGAAGACUCUAGAUCCAAAUACCAUGUCUAUGUGUCUGCUGCCUUAAUGGAAUAUUAUUGUAGUAAAGAUAAAAACAUAGCUUUUCGUAUUUUUGAACUCGGCUUAAAAAAGUAUUGUGAUAACCCUCAAUAUAUUAUUAGCUACAUUGAUUAUCUCUCUCAUCUUAAUGGUAAGUAAUUUAAAUAUGUUAUUAUGUAAUUUAUUUAAAUUUAUUUUACUUUUAUACAGAGGAUAACAAUACACGGGUUUUAUUUGAAAGAGUUUUAUCAAAUACUAGCUUAGAACCAGACAAAUCUGUGUAAUUAUUUCGAUUUUAAAAAUAUAACAGUAUAAACAAUUGUUUAUUUGAUUUUUAUUAAUUUUAGAGAAAUUUGGAACCGGUUUCUUGAAUUUGAAUCAAAUAUUGGAGAUUUGUCAAGUAUAGUGAAAGUAGAAAAACGGAGAUCCGCCGUCCUUGGGAAGGUAAUUUAAAAAAUAAAUAAAUAGUUUUCAUAAAAUUUUAAUUUUUGUUGUCAAUUUAGCUAGUGGAGUUUGAAGGCAAAGAGACAGCACAACUUGUGGACAGGUAUAGGUUCUUGAAUCUUUUUCCAUGCACGAGUCCUGAGUUGAGGUCUAUUGGUUACAAUGAAGUAACCAAUACAGUCUCUAAGACAAUGCACAAUUCCACUCAAAGGUCUGCUAUUAUUGAUGGAUUAGAUGACUUAGAUAACAGACCUAAUGAAAAACAUUUACCUGUACCAGAUGUUUCUCAAAUGGUACCUUAUAAGCCAAAAUUAAAUGCUUUUCCGGGUGAACAUAUUGUACCAGGUACUAAAAACAAUCAAUUAUUUAUUUUCAAAAUUGUUAUGUACUGUAUUUGAAACUGAACUUGGUCUGUUAAAUAAAAUAAAAAUAAUAACAUUAAUAAUAUUUUAAAGGAGGAACUUUCCCGCCACCGCCAUCUGCUUGUCAACUUAUGCAAGUAUUACCACCACCUGGUUGUUUUCAUGGUCCGUUCGUAUCUGUGGAUAUGCUCAUGGAUAUUUUUGUGAGACUUAUACUUCCUGAUAAGGGUAAGUUAAAAUUUCAUUAUUUAUAAUAAAAUAACUAUUACUUAUAGGUAGAGUGCAGAUUUAUAUUCUUUUAUAAUCCACAAAAAAGUGUUUUAAAAUGUCAGAAAAUCCCUGAAAAAAAAUACUUAUAAAUAUUUAAAAAGCAAAAAUGAAAUAAGAGUUCAAAAGUUCCCCACAAUAAUGGCUUUAACUUAUUAAACUAAUUUUCCUAACACUACAAACAUGAUUCACACAAAAUAAUAUCUUUUAAAUAAAAUUGUACGUAUUAUUAAAAAAAGAAAUACUUUUUUUCAAUCAUUUUUAUGGUGUUAGAAAAUGUUAGGUAGUUAAUAAGGUUUUAUAAGUGUGUAUAAAUUAAAGCCACUUAUUAAAGGGGAACUUUUGAGCUCUUCUAUCAUUUUUACUUUUUUCAAAUAUUUGUAAAUUUUUUUUUUUCAGAUAUUUUUUGAUGUUUUAAAGCACCUUUUUGUUGUGGAUUAUAAGAAACUAUAAAUCCGCAUUUUACUUAUAGGUAAUAAUAAAUUAUAAAAUGUUUCAAAGAGUAGAAAUAUAAUUGAAAAAUUAACUUAAUUGGUCUUUAAAAUAAAUAAUAAACUGUGCUGUUUUAUAAUAUUUAUGAACGUGAAAUAUUUUAUAAAAGAAUAAUUUAAUUUAAAUUUGUCAAUGUAAUUAAAUAUUGUACUAUUUAAGUAUGUUUAUUUAUUUUUUGAUUAAUAAGAAAGCACAAUUUGUGUUCUAACUAUUUAUAAUAAUUUUUAUUUUUUAUUAUAUUGGCCAUAAGAUUAUAAAACCAUUUUCACAAAAUAGAAAACUAAAUAAUUAUGAUGUCUUAAAUUGUAAAAAACUUUAGGUCCAUUCAUACUAUAUGUCUUAAUUUAAUUAAAAGAAGUGUGCUACGUACAUGUGCUAAAUAUAGCACCAAGUGAUCUUAAAUUUUGAAAUAGUGGUUGGCAACCAAAAUUAAGUCACAUUUUUAUAUGAGAUUAUUGAUUUAUGAUUUUCUUUUGGUAAAUGGAUAAAAAAAAAAUUAUUAUUAUGAUUGUUAUGAAUUAAUGUUAUUAAGUUAGUUCCGGGGGCUUUACUAUUAUAGAAUAAAGAUAACCUAAAUAUUGUUAAAAAAAAUUAUUAUUUAUACUUACUAAAUUUAUGAUUUUAAAACAUAAUUAGUAACUGAAUUUUUAUUAAAAAUAAAUAAAAAAAAAAAUAUGUGUCACAAUUGUAAUAAUAUAUUAUUUUAUAUGUUUAGCACCAAUGCCAAAAGUUGAUAAUGGUGUUGAUAUAAAAUUAUUUGAUACUGCUUUGUCAGUGCAGUGGGCCACUGAAGAUACUACUGUACACAAUGGUCCCAAUAAAAAGAAACGUAGAAUAGCAGGGCUUUCAGGCAAAGGCGAUGACAGUGAUGAAGACAUUAACCUAGUACCACCACCAUUUGACAUAUAUCGGUCGAGGCAACAAAAACGUGUGGCCAAAUAACCUUUGCAAAAGACUAAUAAAUCAAUAUUUUUUUAUCGCUCUUUAAAGAUUCAAAUAGAAAGUAUCAGUUUUACAAGCAAAUAAUAAGUUUGUAUCCUAAUUAUUUUUAGUGUGUUUAUUACCAACGUACCAACUAAACAAAGUAUACUAUUAAA